UUAAUCCGCUAUAUAAAUAUAAAUGAGGUGGUGGGCCACAGACUAGUGAAUCUUUAAAUAGCCCAUAUCCAGUGCAGCCCAUAUAAAUAGAGACCCACCGCAUCAAAGUAUCAAUUUUUCUCUAGCAGCAAUUGCUAAUUUAGAUUCUCUCUCUUCUCUUCUUCCAUUUCUUACUUAGGGUAAACCCUAAUUCUCAAUUACUGAAAAAUAGGGAAAGAGUUAUCAAUGGAAGGGGGUUGCUGUACGGCUUCUUCAACAUCUUCAUCAGGCGGCACAGAGAUUUCGAAUUCGAAGAGGAAGCAAAUUAGGCAAGACAAACCCUACCGAGGUAUAAGGAUGCGGAAGUGGGGAAAGUGGGUGGCGGAGAUCAGGGAGCCGAACAAGCGCUCCAGAAUCUGGCUCGGCUCCUACUCCUCCCCCGUCGCGGCGGCGCGUGCCUACGACACCGCUCUCUUCUACCUCCGCGGCCGCUCCGCCCGCCUCAACUUCCCCGAGUUCCUAGUCGAGGAAGUCGUAAGCGACGCGCGCGAUUUGUCCGCCGCCGCCAUCCGGAAGAAAGCCACCGAGGUCGGAGCUAGGGUUGACGCGCUCCAAACCGCCGAGCAUGCAAGCCCCGUCUCCAAUAAUUCGGGUCGGGUUUCUGAAAAGCCCGACUUGAAUGAGUACCCGAGUCCUGAAACCUCGGAAGAUAACUGAAAAUGGUAUAAACAUAUAUAAGUACGGUUUGUAUUAAUUAUUAGAGUUUUUUUUUUUUUAAUAUGUUUAUUUUUGUUAUAAUUAUAUUAGUGUUUUUUAAAUUGUAUAAUUUCCGCCGGAAAAAAACAACUGUGUUUUGGCUCCGGCACCGGAAGGAAUUAGAGGAUUGCAGGGUGGGGGUACUAUAGAAAAUAUAGAGAUUAAUUAAAAGUGUGCUAAUGUAAUCCAAAGGGAUUAUAAUUUAUAUCUAUACCCAAGUUCAAGUAUAUAAAUAUAUAUAUUUCUUCAUCAGUUAA